GCGCGACCAGCCGUCGACCUCUGCUGCUGCGGCGGCUGCUGCCAGGCCACCAAUGAUGAAGCCGCCACUCUCGAGUCUCAUUGGAAACCACGCCUCGACGACGAGCGGAGCUGGACUGAUCACAAGCGGAUCUGCCGCUCAAGUCGCUGGUGCACGAAAUCUCGUCAACGCUGCUCCCGCUGCACUCCCAAGUCAUCCUAACACUACAAGUCACAGUAAUGCUCAACAGCCUGUUGGUUCAAAUCCUGCGCCUGCUCUACCCGCCGAGCAGUCGGACCAAGUGGGAUUGGAUUACAACGCGUCGGUGGACAUCCUUUGCGACUUUCUCGAGGUUGCCAUUCACAUGAUUCUCUACGCGCGGCAGCUCUACCCAAUGGAGUCCUUUGAACGCCGAAAAAAGUUCAACGUACCCGUCUACAUGAAUCGACACCCAGAGCUCAAUCGGUAUAUUCUGGACAUUGUGAGUAGCCUACGUCCUUGGAUGGAGAAGCGCUUGGUCACCCGCGUUGCCGUCAACGUGGUCAACCCGGUCGACACGUCCACCGACGAAACGGCCAUCCUGGAACGAUUUGUCUUUGAAGUCCAAGCAGCCACACUUCCUGCCUCGAGAUCCGUGUCGCUGGCCGACAUCGAACUCAUGCUUCGCGCCGUCCUCAUCAAAAUAAGCCUGUGCGACGCCUUGCUGCAGCCAGUCCUCGCCAAAGACCUCGAAACUCAAGCGUCCGGCACGAUUGGCAUGUACAAGGACCACCGGCUCCCGUGGAUCAUGGCCGAGCCGCGAGACGCCAUCUUGGCAAACCCCUUCCUGCACCCUCUCAAGUCCGUCCAUACCGGACUGUUGCAGAUGCAGCUGUUUGUGGAAGAGCGUGCCGUUGAAGAGCAGCAUGUCGGGCUUGAUCCUGGCCAGGCCGCCAUGCAAACCUAA